ACAGGACGGAAACAUUCAGUGCUGCGAGUGUGCGUGUGGGUUGCGGACCUGCUGUCAAAUUGGAAAUAUGAAAAUCAUUUACGAGUGCAAAUUUUGAGCUUUGGGACAAACAAAAUUACGUUUUAUCCGGUGAUUUGAGAUUCUUUCCCCUGUGUAAGCAGCUUUCUAUUCCAGUCUACGGGCAGGUACCGAGGAAAGAAAGUGUGCCACCAACGAUGAAAAUCACCAUCAAAACAUUGAAGCAGGAGGCGUUCCACGUCGAAGUGGACGUGGAAAAGGACACCGUGCGGACGCUGAAGGAGAAGUUCUUCCAGGAGAGCAAGCAGGACUAUCCGGUCGAGCGACAGCGCCUGAUCUAUUUGGGUAAAAUCAUGGAAGACGAACAUCCGCUUAGUCAGUACGAUCUCGACAAUAAGAAGUUUGUUGUGGUUAUGAACAAGAAGCCAACGGCAGCAGCUCCGGCAGCCGAUACGGCUACUUCGUCGUCUGCUUCAAAUGCACCAGCCGCCAGUGCGGCGGCCACUGCGGUGAAAAAUGAAACUACUGCUGCAGCUGCUGCCACCCCGGCGGCAGCCACGGAAAAACCCAAGGAAGAGGAAAAACCGAAGGAAGAUAUCACAGAUGAAGAGCCACAGCAGGAUGAUAUUCAAAUUAAGAUACAGCGAAUAAAAGAAAUGGGCUACUCCGAGGAGGAAGCACGCAUCGCGCUGGAGAUCUGUGACAACAACCCGGAUCGUGCGGUGGAAUAUUUGCUGUCUGAAAUCGCGACCAGCUCCAUGGGAAGUGGUGGCGGUGGUGGAGGUGGAGGAACCCUGCCUUCCUCAGCGUCCCAGGAAAGCAGACUUGCUUUCCUGCGGGAGCAUCCGGUUUUCGCUGACAUGAAGCAUCUUCUCCAGGAUGAUCCCAGCCUGUUGCCGCAUUUACUCCAGAAGAUCCAAUCCACCAAUCCGGAUCUGAUGCGUAUCAUUUCGGAGAAUCAGGUAGAGUUCUUAGCGCUGAUCAACGAGGGUACCGAUGGGCCCGAGGGUCGAUCGGGGGUGCAUCGUGAGCUGGAAACGACAGCGGCCGCGAUGGUGGACAGUUUGACUCCGACCGACAUGGAUGCGAUUGAUCGGCUGAAGGCGCUCGGCUAUCCGGAACAUCUUGUCAUUCAAGCGUAUAUCGCGUGCGAGCGUAACGAGUACCAAGCGGCGGAAUUCCUGGUUUCGCAGAAUUUGGAUGACGAUGACUAGACAGUAGCCAUGACCGCGCAGCAGCGGAACAAUGUUUACAAGUAAGCGCUAGGUUUUUUUCCGCUCCAUCUGAGACUUUUUUCAUUCUCCUAGAAACAAGAAACAUUGUUUAUUUUGAUAUUCUUUUUGACCAUUGUUCACCCCUUCCACCGCUUCUUCUAGAUUCCCCCAUUGUUCACACUUCAUUAUUCACUCACUUCCCUCUAGCCAACGAUAUGUCGCUCCUAAGGCAAAUGUUGGUCGAAGCAAAGCAUGAAUGAUAUGGAAAAUACGAUUAUGUAGCUCAUUGAACAGAUGAGAACGGAAAAAAAUCAACAGUUAAUAAACACUUAGUUUUAUUUCCUCAUUCAGCGCAGGUGACUGCCUGUAAACUUUUUUUUUAUAUAAAAAGAGCUCUAAUAUUGCUAUCCUCCAAUUCUUGAAAGAUUUUUGCCCGAUAAAAUUUAAAAAUUGUA